CCUUUCCAUCUCUCUCUCUCUCUCUCUCUCUCUCUCUCUCCCCCACGCGACCGGGGCCCAGGCGAGCCUAAUUCCCCGCCGUCGCUACCGCUCGCCGUUGCCGUUUCGGUUCGGUUUCGUUUUCGUUAGGGCGGAGAAAGUGGUACGGAGGCGGGGGGGCAUGGCCGACGCGACAGGGACGCCGGGGCUGCCGGUGGCGGCGGGGAGGGAGAAGGACAAGGAGGGCCGCCGCCGCUGGGCGGCCAGGUGCGGCUUCGCCGUACUCGGCAUCAUGAGCACCCUCCUCGUCUACGGCGUCCUCCAGGAAAAAAUCAUGAGGGUUCCCUAUGGAGCUGAGAAGGAGUUCUUUAGAUACUCACUUUUUCUUGUGUUCUGCAACCGUAUCACUACAUCAAUGGUGUCUGCACUGGUGUUACUGGCAAGUAAGAAAUCCUUGGGCCCUGUUGCUCCAAUCCACAAUUACUGUGUUGUCUCUGUAUCAAAUAUACUUACCACGACUUGCCAGUAUGAGGCCCUGAAGUAUGUCAGCUUCCCUGUCCAAACACUUGCCAAAUGCGCGAAGAUGAUACCUGUCAUGAUUUGGGGCACAAUAAUAAUGAGAAAGAAGUAUGGUGGAAGAGAUUACUUCUUUGCAGUCAUUGUAACUAUGGGUUGCUCAUUGUUCAUUCUAUACCCGGCAUCGGUGGAUGUCAACCCAUUCAAUAAAGGCAGAGAAAGCACUGUUUGGGGUGUUUCACUCAUGCUUGGUUACCUUGGAUUUGAUGGGUUCACAAGCACGUUCCAAGAUAAACUCUUCAAAGGGUAUGAUAUGGAAAUACACAACCAGAUAUUCUACACGACAAUGUGCUCUUGUCUUCUUAGUUUAACUGGACUUAUUCUCCAGAAUCAUAUGAUUCCAGCUGUGGACUUUAUGUUUCGUCAUCCAGAUUGCUUCUCUGACGUCGUAAUCCUAUCCAGCGUUGCAACAGCAAGUCAGUUCUUCAUAUCCUACACCAUUCGAACAUUUGGGGCUCUCACAUUUGCUACCAUAAUGACAACUAGACAGUUGGUGAGUAUAUUGCUGUCCUGCGUCUGGUUUGUACAUCCUCUCAGCUGGAUGCAGUGGGUUGGCGCCGCCAUUGUAUUCGGAGCCCUGUACACAAAAAGCUUCUUGAGAAGUAAGCCCCAGAGGCCAGCGGCUACAAGCCCGUCGCAGGGUUCAAGCCCGAAUUCUGCUAACAACAGUUGACCAAAUUACAUAGGAAAAAUCUAGUUGUUUGCCUUGCUGUACCAGAACGUCUUCGUGUCCGAGAUUGAUGACAUCCCGAUGAGUUAACUCAACAGAUAGGUUCCAGAGCAAUAGAACAGCUCCUAACCUGGAGAUGAGAAGGCUGAAGGUCUUAGUCUUAGUUUAGUAUCCAAUGACCAAUUGUUCAGGCAGCCCAGCAUGUGUUAACUGAGCUCGAUUGCCAAUUAUGUGGCUCAGGCCAUUCUCUGUUAACUACACUGCAUCACGCCAGCUGCUUAUAACCAUGAAACCUGAUGUACACUGUAUUUUAAUUUUAUUCCGUAGAAAAUUUUUACACCCGCAGCAACAGAAAGGCUUGUAACUACAAACUUCUCUUGGUAUGUGCAUGUGUGAUGUGAGC